AUGAUGGGAAGGCCACCUUGUUGUGACAAAAUUGGUAUUAAGAAGGGACCUUGGACUCCAGAGGAAGAUAUAGUUUUGGUCUCUUACAUUCAAGAACAUGGACCUGGGAAUUGGAGAUCUGUUCCCAAUGGUACAGGUUUGAUGAGAUGUAGUAAAAGCUGCAGACUUAGAUGGACUAAUUAUCUUAGACCAGGUAUCAAAAGAGGUAAUUUCAAUGAUCACGAAGAAAAAAUGAUAAUUCAUCUUCAAGCACUUUUGGGAAACAGAUGGGCUGCCAUAGCUUCCUAUCUUCCAGAGAGGACUGACAAUGACAUAAAAAACUACUGGAACACACAUUUGAAGAAAAAGCUAAACAAGAACCAAAUAGGGAAUGACAAUAACAACAAUGAAGAAGAAGGAAACUCUUCUUCUUCACAGGUAAAAGGCCAAUGGGAAAGAAGGCUUCAAACAGACAUCCAUACAGCAAAACAAGCUUUAUGUGCAGCACUUUCUCUCGACAAAUCCUCAACACCUCUUUUACCCGAAAACGAAACCACAACACAAUUCCCGUAUGCAUCCAACACUGAAAACAUCGCUAAAUUGCUUGAAAAAUGGAUGAAAAAACCACAAAAAAACUCAGAUGAUAUGGUAGCUACUACAGGUUCAAGUUCUAGUGAAGGUGCAAAGAGUAAUGUUGCACGCACACAAAAAGAUCAACCAACUUUUGAUUCUUUGUUGAGCUUUAACUCAUUUAAUUCUGAUUGUUCUCAAUCCGUGGUUGAAGAAAGUAACAACUUGACAACGGAUUCGUGUUUCUAUCAAUGUGAAAAUAAGCAAUACCAUGAAACUCAAGCCCCUCUCAUGUUCUUGGAGAAAUGGCUUUUUGAUGAUGGGAAUCCUCAGUGCAAUGAAGAUAUAAUGAACAUAUCAUUGCAGGAAAAUACAUCAGGGAUGUUUUAA